AGUGAUGUCAUGCUAGCGGGAGAUAGAAGUUCGAAGGAAAAAGUAGCCGCUGCAUGAGAGUUCCCCGGGAGUGGAAGCCAGCAGGAAAUAUUAACACCUGAGAAGAGAAGACAAGUACAUAGGUGUAUGAAGAAGCAACAGUAAUUCAAAAUGAGCAAAAUUACUGCUGACGUCCUGCUGAAGGAAGGGCUUCCUAAAUCCAUUCAUCUAAAAGAUCUGAAAAAACUGAAUUUAUCCAAGAUGCAUUUAGAAAUGAAAGAUAUUGACCCAAAACUAUUUUCACAAAUGGUAAAUCUUGAUGAACUGGAUAUUUCCCACAACACUCUUUCUGAACUUCCUGACAAUCUUGGUCUCCAUAAUUUAAGAAUUCUAAACUUUGCUGACAAUCAUGUUGAAGAUGUUACUGUGUUAAAGCAGUUUCCAAACCUGGAGGAGGUUAUAUAUGAAGAUAAUAUAUACUUAACGGUCAGCGAUAAUUACAAGGUAUUUUGUCUUCUACCUAAACUCAGAAGGCUGAAUAAUAAGGACAUAACAUCAUUAGCAAAUCAUGUUCGGUUUGUGAAUCACAGGGAGUUAAGCAACAGGGUUGAGGCACACUGGGACAGUAAGUUCAAAGACAAUCUCCCUGACAAGCCUUCAUCACAGAAGAUCAAUGCUGUGGCUAAAGAUUUUAUAAAGUCUGUAGUGAAUAAUAUCAAAUAUGGACCAAGUUCUCUGAAAGAAUUUGUGAGGUGGAAAGUGGAAAUCAUAGCAAGACAACUAAUCUCCUCCCUGUCUAAUAACCAGAAGAUUGACACUCAUUCUCUUCUACAGACAACAAAUGAAGAUACUAUGAGUGAGCAAGCACUUGGAUGUUCUGGUAAAAAACGUGAUAGUGCAGAUGAUUGCACAGAGGGAUCUCCUACCAAGAGAACCCGAAUCCAACAUGAAUUGCAGUCAAUACCUUUGUCACCCCGAAAGUCAAACAGACUGCAGAACAGCCCAUUGUCUUUGACACCAAUCAAGCGUAAACAAGAGACCAGCACACAGGGAACCCCAAGUAAAUCUACAGAGACUAAGUCUCCUAAAGUAGCUUUGAAAUCCACACCAUCUAAAAAACAAAGUAAUGAAAGCAGUGCCAAGAUUAAUGGGAAACAAAAGCUUUCAUUGACACCAAAAAUUAUCCAGAAAGCACUUGACAACAUUGAACCCCUCCACUUCCUUCAGUGCCACAGUAAAAACAACAGCUGUGAGGAUUUCAAGACCCAGCUAUGGGCUUGUGCGUUUGAGCCUAUUUUGGACUCCAGUUCCCCGAAAGCUGUAGCAACCUGUGGUGGGGACUCUGUCUGUAUCAUUGACUGUGAAACUGGAAAAGUUAUGAAAAAAUACAAAGUGACAGGAGAGGAAUUUUUCACAUUGGUUUGGACUACAUUAACUAUGAUAGGCAAAGAUGAGCAAAAGCGAAAGAUCAAUGUAUUGGCAGCUGGUGGAAAACAUGGAGUUGUAAGAAUAAUCCAUGCCAAAGUCAGCUUAUGCUAUGGUGAAAUAAAGGCACAUAAAAAGGCAAUAUCGAUCAUGUGUUUUAGCCCAAAGCAGGACACCUUCCUUUUCACUGGAUCAUAUGAUAAGCGAAUCAUCUUAUGGGAUAUCGGUGUUCCAGAUUGUGACUACAACUUUAGACCUAGUCAGUUGCUGACACUGGACACUACGUCAGUUCCUCUAAGAAUGUGUCUGGUUCCUUCUUGUCCUGAUGAGUUCUUGGUGGCUGCCUGCGAAGAUGGAUGCUUUGCCUGGGAUAUCAGACUAGACAAGAAACAAGGAAGACGGUCAUAUGAAGUAGAACUCAAUUUUCCAAUAUACAAAGAAGAAAGAAAGGAUAACGACUUUCAUGUCAUAGACAGCCUAGCUUUUCUAAAUGAAGAUAUUAUAGCUUCAAAAAGUGUAAUGCAAGGAUCUAUAUACCUGUGGAGCUGGGAGAAGACUUUAAAGACCCGAAAAACUAAGAAUGUUAAAAAACUGGAUGCAGUCAUUUUAGCUCAAAUGAAAUGGUCAAGCUCAGAAACACCAUACCUUGUUCUUAGUACUUCUCCAGAGAGAUACUGUGUUUUUUGUGGUGAUGAAGAUGGAAAGAUUUGGAUAUAUGACCUUGAUUCCUGCAAAGCAGACCUACAGAGAGGCAAAUUAUGCAGUGUUGUUAAAGAACCCACAAAGAUUCUCAGUUGGCCAAUACUUUUUUCUCCGAAAGAGAAGGUGGAAAAGACACUAAUAAAUGUGGUGACUGUGGACCCAACAAUGGAAUAUUUAGUGGCUUUAACAGAUAUUAAUAUUGUUUCCAUAUGGAAAAUAAAAUAACUGAUUUUUAGUAUUAGGUGCACAUGUUAUGUGCACAUUAGGUUCUUGUUAUACGGAUAGGGAAGAACAUUACUUUUAUUGUACAAUAUUUUAACAUGUGAAAGAGUGUUGAUUUUAUACAUUUUAUAACUUUAAUAUGUGAUAUAUGUAAAAUAAUGUACAUGUUUUGCGCAUAUGUAUUAUUAUUUUCACUUUCCUUUUUUUUAUUAAGGAAAAGUUAAAAUAAUGGAUUCCCUAAUUUAUAUGCUGAUUGCAUCUUUAAAGGUUUGAUAUUUCAGAACUAAAGCUAUCAAUAAAGGGAAAUCCAAAUGA